ACCAGGUAAGAGCUCGGCACAAAAAGUAGACAUUGGCCGUGCCUACGCACACGCUGUGGGCCCAGUAGUUGUCCGCAUUGAUCGCUCGGCGCCCACGUGCAUUUUUGUGCGAUUGCGUGCGUUGUGUGUGAAACUUGCCAGUGAGAGCGCUUGGUGCAGCACUUGACGCGACGGCUUGACGCGACGCCACCACAGAUGCUUCGCACCGUGACGAUGGCCCUCCUCCUGCGUCUCGCGCGGCCGCUGCAUACGAGACGACUGACGCGCCUAUACGCCGACGUGCGGCCCGGCACCGACUACGUGCCGCUCACGCCCGAGGAGCUCAUCCCAAAGAGCCCAGAGAUGGUCGCACGAGCCACACGUGUGAAGGAAGAACACCCUGAGCGCUUUGUCACGCCCGCGGACGCCGCGGAGAUGGUGAGGAAAGGCGCAGCGCUCAUCGACGUCCGCACAGAACAACAAGUGCUGGAGCACGAAGUACGAGAGGGCGUGCCGGCCCUCACGGCGAAAAAUGCGAGACGCAUCGCGCUGGACAACUGGGUCAUCGCGGGCGGGCCGCCUCCGAUGCUCGGCGGUGGGGGCCGGAUCGUUGUGUGCACGUGCACGGCCGGACCGAAGAGCGCGCUGGCCGUGGAGUACCUGCUCCAGUUCGGCGUCGACGCCGUCGCCGUGGCCGGCGGGCUGAAGGGCUGGGACGCGGGCGGGCUCGAGCUGGUGGACUUGUUCGAGGAGGACGAGGACGACGAGGACGAGGAUGAUGAGGACGAGUAAUGGUGUG